AUGGACGCUUUCGAGCUCAAGCGUCCAUCGAAAGCUGCCGAGCUCUUCAAUAUUACGAUUGACGACUCGGGCGAAGAUCCAGUGACCGGCGCGCUGAUCCAAUAUCUACCCAACUUUAGUUUUGAUCCGACUUUGAGCAAUACAGUGACUGCUGCAUAUGUUCCAUUUACUGGCACCGCAAACCAUGUUUUUUGCAUCAUCGCACAUACCUCUUCCUCACCCGACGGGAACGCCGAUCUACAAUUUUUCAUCGACAACGAAGUAUGUAUACAUGAACGAGUCCCUUUCAAAUGGGCUCUACGAUUUGACGAUACAGAACGGACGAAUCGGGGGUCUGAAGUCGUUGUUGUUGCUAGACAAGGUCAUGUACAGUUGGAUCAAAGUCAGGAUGACAGCCGGAGCGUAUCAAGCACCGUUGCUUUUACAUCGCCUGCAGGCACUUCUACAUUCCCUGCAGGCACUCCGAAAACUUCCAAAUCCGUUAGCUACGCACCGAUCGUUGGUGGAGUUGUUGGCGGACUCGCAUUCAUCCUUGCCCUUGGAGGACUCUUCUUGUUCCUUCGUCGCCAAAGACGACAGCAAUACUCUGGAAACACCAUCCACCUGCAGGCCAGCGAAAGCGCCCAUCGAAAUUCUGGUUCCUCCUCGCGAUUGAUGUCCCGAGCACCUCUCUCCAGGCCGUCCCUUGACAAUCCGUUCCGCAUCGACCCAAUCCUCCCAGGUAUCUACACUUCUCCGCUGGGCCCCUUGGCGCUCCCUCGCCCAUUCACAUCCACAGAUGCUGCUAUCUCUUCACAAUCCAAUCAGGCUCACGUCAUGGCAGAGGCCAUUCCGCUGCUGACUCCACGUCGUGGAGUCCCACUAUCUCGAGUUUCUGGCAGUCCACGUCCGACGCACCGUCUACAGCAUCACUUCCAUCGUGUUCGCGACGACGCCCUCCUGGAGUCUCCACGCGAAAAUGGCCUCAUCUACGAAACGAGAAUGCGGCUGCUACAGAGGAUGUAG